AUGUUUUCACUUUUUCUCUAUUUUUCUUUCUUUCUUCUUUUUUCUUUCUUUUUAUUGAAUUUCCAGUUUUUCUCUGUCUCAUUUUCUUUCUUUCUUUCUUUCUUUCUUUCUUUCUUUCUUUCUUUCUUUCUUUCUUUCUAUGAACUUUCAGUUUUUUUCUACCUCUUCGUCUUUCUGUUCAAUUUUCGUUUUUUCUCUUUCUUUCUUUCUUUCUUUCUUUCUUUCUUUCUUUCUUUCUUUCUUUCUUUCUUUCUUUCUUUCUUUUUAUAUCAUUUUCAGUUUUUCUCUAUUUCUUUUUAUCUUUCUUGCCCCCCCCUUCUCUCUCUCAGCUGCGCUUUAUUCUUCUUCCAAGUAGAUCGAGCCUCAUUGGAUGCCGUUGCUACUGCCGUGGGUGUUGCUGAUACCCCGGCUCAUCAUCCCCGUUUCAAGUCUCCCCUACCUUCACUCCUGAAAAAAAAAAAAAAAAUGUCCUCAUCUCCUGACGACGAUCAGCAGUCGGGGAACAUGAACCUGCUGAGGUCUGUAGAACUUGUGACAUUAAGUGGGUCAUUACCUUCGACAUCACUCCUCAACUCCAAUCCUCUUACUCCUCCUCCUCCUCCUCUUCUUCUUCUUCUUCUUCUUCUUCUUCUUCUUCUUCUUCUUCUUCUUCUUCUUCUCAUGAUUAUCCAUUUUUUUUACUCGACCCUCUUUCUUUAUUUCUUCAAUGCAGCUUCUUCUUUUCUUUCCUUCCGAUUUCACCAUUUUUUUUUAUUUUCGUUUUCGUUCUGUGAUUUUUCAUUCGCUCUCACACCUGUCUAUAUACUUUCUAGCUUUCUUUUCCUGAUUUUUACCCUCUUUUUUUCAUUUUCAUUCACCUCUGUUUUCCUCGAUGUUCUUUUCUCUCUAGAAAUUACAUCGAUUGUUUUAAAUUCUUUCUUUCUUUCCUUUGCAUUCUUCCUUUGUAGCUACUAUUUUUUCUUUUUAAAUCUUCCAGUAACUUCAACUGAAAAUUUUAUUCCGCAUUUUCCUCAUCUAUUUUCUUCUGCUUUUCUACCUCUUUUUUCAUCCUUUUUUUCUACACGUUUUCUACUUUUUCAUCCUCUUUUUCUAUUACUUUUUCUUCUCGUUUUUCGAUUUCCUUUCUCCUCUUCUUUGUCUGCUUCUUUUUCAUCCUCUCUUUUGCUUACUACUUUUUACUCCUCUUUUUUCUUCAUCUUUUCCUACAUCUAUUUUCCUUCUCUUUUUCUUACACUUUUAUAUUUAUCUUUCUUCUCUUUUUUGUUCUUUUUCCUCGUCUUUUUCUACGUCUAUUUUCCUCUUCUUUUUUCUACUUCUUUUCUCAUCUUUUUUUACAUAUAUUUUCCUCCACUUUUUUCUACUUCUUUUUUCCUCGUCUUUUUCUACGUCUAUUUUCCUCUUCGUUUUUUUUCUACUUCUUUUCUCAUUUUUUUUUUUCUACGUCUAUUUUCCUCCUUUUUUUCCCUACUUUCUUCUUUUCUCAUCGACUCAUUAGUUUUUAUUUCCCUAUUGUUAGCCGUCUUUUCUAUAGGUUUACUUCAUUUUUUGUUUCCUUUUUCUCUUCAUUAUCUUAAAUCUUUCGACUUCUUUUUAAAUUCACCAUCAAGAGACAUAAACUCUUUUUGCACUUUUCUUUCCGUCAUCCGCCAUUUCCACCUCCCACUUUUUGCAUUUUUUAUUCAUUAA